CAUCCCAGCACGAAAUGCACUGCCCUGCUGCCCUGUCCGGGGCAGGUCUCUCUCAAUGCUACACUGUCCUUGUUCAAUGAACGCAAGAGAAAAGCUCCUUCCCCCGGCAGCCGGAAGGAAAUUGGGCAGCAUAAAGGAAAGUUAUUCGCUUUAACAUUGCCCCAAACUAUCGCAGGAAUGGAUUCAAGUCUCAGGGCAGAACAAGGCGUCAUUAAAAGGUAAAGAAACUCUCAGGGAGGAGAUGCACGGAGGAAGGCAGCAACAAGUGCCGGCCCUCGGGCGCCCCGGGGAGCUGGCACCGGCUCUGGCUCAGCCUGCGCUGCCUCCUCUCCCUCCCUCUUUGGCACACAUGUAACACGAAACUUCGCAUCUCCGGGACAACCAGCAACAAAAAAAAAAAGGAAGAAAGGCAGAGACAACAGCUGGCUGUCAGCAGCGGAGCAGAGAAGAGCCGAGCGAGCAGCAAGCCAGGAUGAAGGGAGAGAUGACGUGAAAGUUUAAGAAGACGGAAAGAAAAACAAGAGGAGAAGAAGAGCUGGCGGUCGGGAGGCAAGAACAGAAAACACAAAUCACCUCUGCCUUCUCCACCAUCUCUUGGAAUGGAAACAAAAUUGAAAACCUCCUGAAACAGAAUCCCACAGCACUAAGGAUAAAGCAGCCAUUUCUGGAGCAGCUCACUUGGGCAUAAGGCCUGGAGAGGUUGUGACAGAAUGUCUUCUGAACGCUUUCUGAAGGAAGUUCAAGCCAUUGGUGAGAAGUUUCUCCUUAAGCUCCAGAGACUGCCCAAGGCUGACCCAGUGGAGAUUGUCAGCUUUUCUGUGGUUCUUCUGUUUAUUGUUACUGUGCUGGUGCUCACGAUCAUUGGCUGCAGUUGCUGCUGCUGCAGCUGUGAUGGACGCCCUGACCCCAGGCACAGGAAGAGCCAAGUCCGCCCAGCUGCCCAUUCAUGAAGUGACACAAUCGAGGACAUGCAUGGACAUCAUGAUUCAGUGCUAUGGGAAUGACUUUCCACACUAGCCCACUGAAAAUGGCAGUAACAAUAUUCAUUAACAUGACUCAAAGGACCAGAAAUCACAGUGUGGAAUUCCUUCUCUCUGUGACAGCCACUACUGUGACCAGAAAGGUAAAGCUCCUUUACCAUCACUGCCUCCCUCUUCUGGGCUGGGAUGAGGUGGGAGGGCAUGGACACAGAUUGCUGAGAAAAGAGACAGCUUUCCCAAAGACAGCCCUGCAGCUGGGCCAGCUGAGGAUCUCCUCUGGGACAUGGAGCCACAGAGCAAAGCAGAGGCCACGCACACAGCCACACACAAGGCACUGCCUGCUCUGCUCACCAGAAGAGUGGUAUUGGGCAUUACAAGAACCCACUGACACCACUGGGAGGUCCAACUGCUCAAGUCAUCGUGGAUCAAGGCCAAACCUACUGCAGGAUACCUGUUUAGCUGAGAUAUCUGCUGAAAACAACAAAUGGUGGACCUUGUGAUCCAGAUGUGCCAGCUGAGGCUCUAAGUGCAGCUGGUAACAACUGCCCUGGUGUCAUUUCAUUGGUGAUAAAAUGAUGAGAAAUUGCCAAAGAAAAAACCAGAUCAUGUGGAAUACUCUUUGUAAACAGAAAGAUGAAGGCAAAAGGGAAAAACUCACCAAUCCAAUGGCUUGUUUUGAUCAUUCUCUGCUCAAAAUGCUCCCUCUCCACCCCCUGUGGUUCUACUCUUCUGCUUAUUGCAGAUGAAUGGUUUUUGCAGAGCAUGGGAGCUCCAGGAGAUGAACAAAUCCCAAUCCCUAUUUGAGGGAUCUGUGUGCCUGACUCCCUGCACUAUGUGCAGUUUAUUUUAGUAGACAUGAACAUGAUGCCAGGGGUGUAUUUAUGAGCAUGCACAGAGGCAUUUCAGAGGAGUGGCACAUGAUGGGAGCCAUCACUUCAGGGUAUGUGUGCAGCAGCUGACAGCAGGCACAGUGACAGAGCAGAGCCAAGAAUGGGCUGUUGGGCUGGAGUUACAAGAGCAAAUAAAUCCCUUUUCCAUGCUGCAGUACUCUGUAUGUUUGGUUUACACUCUGGUGAACUUCCGAAAGGGAUUUAUGGAUGGACAAGGCUGUGGCACAGGCCACGACUCCACAACUGGCACAGCACAAAAAGGCCACAAUUCUGCACUAAACUCUGAACCAGUGGUGUUUCAGCCCCAGAUGGGAGACUAAGCACCUCUGAGAAGGUAUAAAAAAUUACAUGCAUAUGGAGAAGUCAUCUUCUGCCUCUGUAUCCCAACUAAGUGUAUGUACUAAAGUCAGCAUCUAGCCAGGGAGAACAGAAUCAUCAAGCUUUUAACAGUGGGCUUUAAAAUACUCUUUACACUUCAGAAGGUACAGAAAAUAAAGAAAACUCUGUAAAGAAAUGUAUUUUCUCUGUUGCCUGCACCCAUAUUAGUAAAAGGCACAUUACAUCAGCUUCUUAUGUUAUUUAAUGCACUUUAUUUUUUGCCAACAGACUGGAUCUAGGUAUUUGGUAUUUUUGUACUGCUGCACAUUGGAAUAUAUCUGCAGCCAGAGAAUAGUGAAUAGUUUAAGAAUUAUAAGA